AUGACAGUAUAUAUGAACUGCAACGAUAACGAGAGUACCAAGACACCACUACUAUUGGCAAGCGCAUACGGGAACCUGGCUACAAUUGCUAUGCUGUUGGAUAAUGGAGCGGAUACUGAAGUCAGAGAUAGGAAUGGUCGGACUGCACUCUCGUGGGCUGCCGCCGAGGGACACAAGGAAGGGGUCAAACUGCUACUCAAACGUGGAGCGGACCUGGAAGCGCGAGACACGUUUGGCCAGUCCGCGCUUUCGUGGGCUGCUAUGGGAGGUCAUGUGGGCGUCGUCGAGUUCCUAGUUGACAGCGGUGCAGAUAUCGAGUCGGAAGACGAGUUCGGCCAGACUCCCCUACUAUCCGCUGCGAAGAACGGCCAUGACGCUGUCAUCAGGUUACUGCUUCAGGGAGGUGCUGAUAUAGAGUCACGGGCGGCUGGCGGCUGGGCACCUCUCUCAUGGGCCGCUGCCAAAGAGCAUCUUCUCACCGUCAAGAUGCUGUUGGAUUACGGGGCUGAUAUCGAGGCAAAAGGCAAGUUUGGCCAGACGGCGCUGUCUAUAGCCGCUUCCAAGGGAUAUAAGGACAUUGUCAAACUACUGUUAAAAAGAGGCGCCAACGUCGAAGCCAGGGACGCGUAUGGUCGGACCGCAUUGUCAUGGUCGGCCAUAAACGGACACGCCGGCGUCACGCAGCUUCUACUCGAGAUGAGAGCGGAUAUGGAGAUGCUCUGCUGUGAAUAUGCUCGCAAACCGCUAUCUCUCGCCUUUGACGAGGAGCGCACGGAGGUCAUCAAGCUGCUUCUGAGAAACGGAGCCGACAUAGACUCGACGGACAAGUACGGCCGAUCGCUGCUCUCGUGGGCGGCCAUAAAGGGAGAUGAAGGCGUCGCCAAACUGCUACUUCAGAACGGUGCAAGCGUCGAUCUGGUAGAUGAGUACUAUCAACGGACACCCAUCUCACUGGCUGCCGAAAAUGGGCACGAGGGCUUCAUCCGGCUUCUCCUCGUAUACGGCGCUGAUGUCGACUCCAAAGACGGUAUAUGGGGAUGGACUCCGCUCUCAUGGGCCGCCACCAAAGGGCACGAAGGAGCUGUAAGGGUGUUGCUCGAGAAUGGUGCUUCCGCCGGCACAAAAAGUAGAUUCGGCCAGACGCCUCUCUCGCGUGCGGCAGCAAGCGGCCAAGAUGCCAUUUUCCAGUUGCUACGGCAGGUAUCUCAGUAUGAAAGAGAGCGGGAGAGCGCUAUCAGCAAAGAAUCACUUUUGUCUUGA